ACCAGUCGUCUUCUUCUCUUCCUGAUCACACAAUAUCUGGGGUUCUUCCAAUCUUCAUCAAUACGCAUUUCAUUCUUUGCUUCAAAUCCAUCAACCACUCUGAUUACCCGUUCAUGUAAUGGAAGCUCGAUGUGAGAAUAUGGUUCUCAAUUCAUUCGACGGACACAAGUUUCCGAUCAAUCGCCAUGAAAACAGUUCUGCGAUCAUUAACGAAGUGGAUUUCUUCUCGAGAACUAGUACUACUGGUAAUUCUUCCCUGCAGCAUCCUUCUAGUAUUCAUCAUGCCAUAGAAAACAAAGAACACGACAGAGUUAAUCAAGAACUCCAGCUUAACUUAAAUGUGGGUUCGAAUCUUAAUACAAUAAAUACGAAAAACCAAGAUGCUCAUAAGUUGGCUAUAUUACAGAACGAGCUUGAAAAGAUGAAGCGAGAAAACGAAAGUUUGCGAUCGAUGCUUGCUCAAAUUAAAGAAAAAUAUAGCUUUUUACAAAGACAUAUUAAGACUAUAAAUAAGGUGGAAGACGACACGUUGGAAUUCAAGAAACUCACUCCACCAUUAAUGAAGAUUGAUCCAAAUGUUGAUAGCUCUGAUAUGAACAAAGAUGUUAAGUUGAAUUCACCAAAGGAUAUUUGUGAUCAAGGAGCUACGGCUGAAACAACUAUGAGAAGGGCCCGUGUGUCGGUUAGGGCUCGGUCUGAAGCAUCCAUGAUUUCAGAUGGAUGUCAAUGGAGAAAAUAUGGGCAAAAAAUGGCGAAAGGGAAUCCAUGUCCUCGAGCUUAUUAUCGUUGCACCAUGGUAGUAGGUUGUCCAGUGCGUAAGCAACUGGUGAUAAUAGAAAUGAAAGGAUAUUUUUGGUAA